UUAUUCUUCUACAAGUACUUACCGCAAGUACAACAAAAUAUUUGGGGUUUGAGAGAUGGCUUCAAAAAAACCUGCACUUGCUCUCUUCCUGGCUGUCAACCUCCUUUUCUUUGCCCUUGUCAAUGCCAACAACCCUAGCCCUGCCCCUAAUAGAGUUGCCUGCCCUAGGGAUGCCCUGAAAUUAGGGGUUUGCGCUAACGUGCUCAGUGGGUUGGUUAACGUUAAUGUUGGUCAAGUUCCAGUGAGACCUUGCUGCACUAUCCUCCUUGGCCUUGUAGGCCUCGAGGCUGCUGUGUGCCUUUGCACUUCCAUUAACGCCAGAAUUUUGGGCAUCAACCUCAACAUUCCCGUUGCUCUCAGCUUGCUUCUUAGUGCUUGUGGAGAUAAGCUUCCAGAUGGGUUCCAAUGUUCCUCAUAAAACUACGUACAAAUAUCGUUCCUUUCUUUGAUCUCAUGCGGUUUUUCUUGUUAUGCAUCAUGCAUGCAUGCAUGCAUGCAUGCAAGUGUCAAAUAAUAGUUGUGUGUAAUGCGAGGAUAAAAGUGGAAUUUUAUCCGCGCGUCAUUUGCAUGGUGAUUAAUUAGUAAAUAAGGUUAAGGUCCCUCUAAUAUUUACUCAUAAAAUUGUGAAACCUAUCAUUAUGGGAAUAAAAUAUUAUCACAAGAUUAA